GCCCAUUUCCCAGAUGGGUGAGGGGAGGUUUUCUCUCCACUUUCGUUCCUUUUCUCAGCCUAAGCUUCUAGGUCUUUUCCCAUCAAAAACGUAGGGAGGGCAAGCCACAACGCCUGCCCCCGCCCCGCCAACUCAGGAAUGUCUCUGAAUUGAUCACUUUCCUGGGAAUCAGUGCUGCUGCCCGCCGCCACCCCAUCCCGCCUCGCCCCAGCCUUCCUGACCCUUCCUGCGAGGGCCUGUUCUGCUCCUGGUUCCUAGGCCGCUAACUGAAGGGAUGCUCUCAGCCUCCCCAGGGCAGUGGCUGAUCAAUUUAAGCUGAGGAAACGGAGGCACGGACCGAUUUUCGAGCGUACACCGCUGGGGCCCAGGAUGGGGCGCCGAGCUCAACAGGAGUCCGCUCAAGCCGAGAACCAUCUCAGUGGCAAGACGGCCUCUUCCCCUCUGACUGCAGAGACUCCCCCUCCCAAGCCUCCCCGCCGGCAAGGAGGCUGGGCCGACUACUCCAUGAAGGCUUUCAAGUUGGGAAGGAAGGCUUCUGAAGAAAUAGAAGAUCACCGCCUCAGACAGCAGAGCCUGGAUGGAUCAGAUGAUGGAGGAGAUAUUCCUGUUAUUCCAGACCUAGAAGAGGUACAGGAGGAAGACUUCGUUUUGCAGGUGGCAGCCCCUCCCAGCAUCCAGGUAAACCGGGUGAUGACUUACCGUGACCUGGACAAUGACCUCAUGAAGUAUGCAGCCUUCCAGACCUUGGAUGGAGAGAUCGACCUGAAGCUCCUCACCAAAGUCCUGGCGCCGGAGCACGAGGUGCGAGAGGACGAUGUCAGCUGGGACCGGGACCGUCUGUACGCAGAGGUGUCCUCAGAGCUCCUCAGUGAGUGGGACCUGCUGCACGCGGACAAGGAGGACCCCGGGGGACCGUCCACACACACCUGAGCUCCGGGGGUCAGCAGACGCUCUCCUGCAGGCGGUCACCUCUGCCAUAAACCUAAAACGAAGGAAGCUUGCCAGCAGCUUAGAAUUUUUAUACGGACCAUUUUGUAAUAAAAAUAACUAUUUUCAGUGGGCCA